AUGGGUCUCAAUCAAAUUCCAAGUCCUCAGCGGGAUCCUUAUCCUUACCCAAAGUUGGAGGGUGACGAGCAGUUCCACGCGCCGCAGCCUGGCAGAAAGACUGACUAUCGAAAAACUGAUGUUGGAACUCGUCUUUUCGACACACCAACGCUAUCCAGCGCCCGUCGCGAGAUCUACCACUUCAACCGCGACGCGCCAAUCGAUUGUCUCGACUUUGAAUUGAAAUCCGUAUACGACCACCACAACGAUUUCCUCAAGAAUCAGCCUUACGUGCUCAGACAAAAAGUGACCAGCGGCAAUCCCGAUGGUGUCAUCCUCAAGAAUAGAGUACAGACAAACGUUGACGAUGAAGAAGAUCAUAAGAUUAAUGAUCAUGAGAAUAAGCUUUUACGGAUUGUCACCGGAUCAGUUGAUACCAAAAACUCACCUCAUCCAGGAGCGAUCCAUUCACAUCACAACGCCACGACCAACCGAGGAUACUCCCGAAAGCACAACGGUGAGUUCUUGAUGUAUUUAUCGGUCAGACUGAGUAGGGGUGGAAGAUCUCCGUUUUUGCAAAAGAAGCUUUAUGAGAUUACGCGAGCGACGCAUAUUUUAAAGAACGGGCAGCCUUGGGAGGAAGUGAAGGGAUAUAAAAGCGGUGUCCCGCAGAUUUCGUUCACGAAUAUUGAGGAUGAGAAUACAAAAGCUCGAGAAAAUCUACAGCAAUUCGAGCUUGAAUGCUUUGGGAGGCUUUAA